AUGCACAUAAGCAGGAAUGUCCAGUACUGGGAUGCCAAUGCUGUGACCAAGUUUCUCCUAAAUGUCCUAGACUUAUUCCUGAAAGAACAGGACGAACGGAUGUCGAUGAAAUGCGAGAUGAUUCUCCACAAUUUCCCCAGAGACAUGUCCACCUUAAAGGAGCAGCUACAUCGUCUCUUCGUAGACUACAGCAGCAACGUGACAGCGAAACCGUCCGAUCCUGACAGCGUGACAGCUGGGAAGUGUGCCAUUAAAGAAGAACCUCAAGAAGAAUCUUCCAGUGAACAUCCAAUCGUAGAAGUCAAAACUGAACCUUACAAUAUUGCAAUCUUGGCAAAACAGGACCAAAUGGGACACCCCUGCGAUUCAACAGCAGAAGGACCAAGAGAAAGCACUGGUUUGAUCAACGUAAAGGUCCAGCCCAGAGGCACUUCUGAUCAAGAAUCUUCAGGUUGCACUUCCUCAGAGGCACAGUUCAAGGUCAGCACAAUAACCACACAAUUCAAGAACACUUCACUAGUCGUUACGAACGGUCGACCGACGGAGCGACCUCCAGACCUGAGCAAGCCAUGUGUACUUGCAAACACGUCGAAAGACAGCCCGAAACACCACAUGUUUGCACAGUAUCACAGUGAGUCUGAAGAGCGUCCCACUACUACUCCACCGGAUGCUCAGAUGGGAGAGAAGGGUAUUGGGUGCGACAUCUGUUCCUCUGUUCCUGGGUUCUCGCGGUCUGGCAGUGACGAGAACCACGUGUCGAAGCAUACAGACAAGAAGCCAUGCAAGUCCAAUCUCUGUUCUGCGCAAUUCCGCCAGAGCACGAGCCUGAGGUGUCUGAAGCGAACACAUACGGGAAAGAAGCCGCGCAAGAGUGAUCUCGGCAUUGCGAAGUUCAGCCAGAUUGCGCGCCUGCGGCUUCGCAAGCGAGCACACGCGGACGAAAACCGAUACAAGUGCGAUGUCUGCCCUGCGCAGUUCAGCCGGAGCGGUCACCUACUGUAUCACAGGCGGACACACACGGGCGAGAAGCCAUAUAAGUGCGAUGUCUGCGCGGCAGGGUUCAGCCAGGGUGGGAACCUAGAGCGUCACAGGAGGACACACACGGGCGAGAAGCCGUACAAGUGCGAUGUCUGCCCUGCACAGUUCAGAACGAGUGCCCACCUACAGUAUCACCGGCGGACACACACAGGCGAGAAGCCAUACAAGUGCGAUGUCUGCCCUGCAGGGUUCAGCAGGAGCGGGAUCCUACAGCAGCACAAGCGGACACACUCGGGCGAGAAGCCAUACAAAUGCGAUGUCUGCCCGGCAGAUUUCAGCAACAGCAGGCACCUACAGCGUCACAAGUGGACGCACACGGGUGAGGAGCCAUAUAAGUGCGAUGUCUGCCCUGCGGAGUUCAGCAGGAGCGGGAACCUACAGCAGCACAAACGGACACAUACGGGCGAGAAGCCAUACAAGUGCGAUGUCUGCGCGGCAAGGUUCAGCCAGAGUGGGAACCUACAGCGUCACAGGCGGACACACACACGCGAGAAGCCAUACAAAUGCGAUGUCUGCCCGGCAGAUUUCAGCAAGACCGGGCACCUACAGCGUCACAAGUGGACACACACAGGCGAGGAACUAUAUAAGUGCGAUGUCUGCCCUGCGGAGUUCAGUCAGAGACGGAACCUACUGCUGCACAAGCGGACGCACACGGGCGAGAAGCCAUACAAAUGCGAUGUCUGCCCCGCGGAGUUCAGGCAGAGUGGUCACAUGCAGCGUCACAAGCGGAUACACACACACACGGACGGGCGAGAAGCCGUACAAGUGUGAUGGUAUGCCCUGUGGUUCAGCCUAAGUGGGCACCUACAGAAUCCUUGGCGGGGACACACGGACGAGAAGCCACACGAGCCUGUUUUAUCCAUAUCUCGGCAUUUUGGGCCGCGGAACUCGCGAUCACAGUUAUCUGAUAAAUAAGGCUUGAGCUCAGGCUACAAACUCAUGUGAAAGUCAGUAUGGCAUAUCCUUGAGCUCGGCCAUGACGCAUAUUAGCGCACUCACAGGAUAACAUUACAUUUGCGACAAAAGCAUGGGUAAUUUUGCCGAUGUCUGGUCACAAGUGUGGUGUUAUCUUGUGAGUGCGCUAAUAUGCAGCAUGUACGAAUAUAGCGGUAGGCCACGUGAGUCGCAUGGUUUAUGGCGUCGAGCUCAUGGCUUAUCAGAUAAUUGUGGUCGUGAGUACCACAGUGAUGCUGUGCUAUGGUCUUAUCACAAGUGGAUAGACACAGGCGAGAAGCCAUACAAGUGCGAUGUUUGUCUGCCGAGUUCAGCAAGAGCACGAAGCUGUGGAACCACAAGUGCAGACACGAGGGCGAGAAGCCAUGCAAGUGCGAUGUCUCUCCUGCAGACUUCAGCCGGAACACGAGUAUGUCGUGUCACAAGCGAUAACGCACGUCUAAGAAGCCGUAACGAGUGCAAACUCUGUCUUGCAAAGUCCAGCCAUGGUACAAAAAUUACAGCACCAAGUGCAGGGGAGAUGGCAUACACAAGUGCCAUUCAUGCCGCGCAGAGUUCAGCCAGAACACAAAUCUGAAUAUCGUAAGUGCGCACACAUGGGCGAGAAGUCGUACAGGGGCGAGUUCUGUCCUGCAGGGUCGCCCCCCAGGACGACUUGCGAUGUCACAAGCAGACACAUAUGACAGAGGAUCCCUACAAGUGGGAUGUGCGUCUUGCAGAAUUCAGCCACAGCGUGGGCCUGUGGCAUCACAAGUAGACACAGACAGAUAUGCGAAACCAUUCAGAAGCGUUCUCUAUUCUGCAAACUUGGCAUAGCAAGCACAUGAAGCAUUACAUUUGGACGUACAUGAAUGUGAAACCAUAUAAAUGCGACCCCUGUCCUGCAGAGUCCAGCCACAGGACGAGCAGACACCAGCCGGAGAGCUGGUAAAGCACAAUAUAGUUCAGCCAGAGCAGGAACUAUGGCCUGACAUGUAGCCAUGAGACACUUUGGAUUGAGACAUUGCAUGUGCAGGGGCGUACUUGUACUUAUGAAAGAGUCAAUCGAACACAUUAAACUUUUUGCACCCUUUUGAGUGUAAGGUGGG